AUGGCGUCGAGCCUCCAGACCCGGGUUGUGCAAAGACCGCCUGCUCGCCAAGCUACGACGACCGCGCCCGUCCACGAAUUUAUCUGCCUCUUCACUCACGACUUGAAGCGAAAGAAUCAGAAAAGGUGGCAAGAUGGGAAGCUCAAAUUCCACACCUACAACAAGCGGAUAGUUGUGCACGACAACAAGGGAAAUCAUAUUGGUGAUAGUCAUUGGCCAGGAAAUCAAGAGGACAUGGUUGAUGGCGAAGAAUUCACACUGGACCGAGGAUCUGCUCUCGUACAAGUUUGUGAACAAGUCGGGACGAGUGAGCAUGAUUUGGGGGAGCUGGUGGACAAGAGGGUCAAGGAAGUCGAGGCCCGGAGAAUGAGGAUAGCAGCCCAGCCUUUGAGCGCGAGCCCAACGCCCCGACCGACCGACAACGUGCAGUUUCAGCGCCCGUUAAGUGCGAUUAUGCACACCCCCAGCCGGAUUGGGAGGUCUGUGGUGCCGCGCCAAUCACCCUACGAGGUUCGUCAAGUUGAGCAGCGAGAACAAGAGCAAGGCACGACGGAGAGACCUACAAAGAGACGAAAGCGAAGCGUAUCGCCGCCGGUGAAAAGUGGUCAUGCGCGGGGAUUGUUUGGUACGCAACUUUCUCUUUUGACUUCGUCGGCUAGUACAUCGACAGCACGGAUCCGGGCCCCGCGGGAUCAAACGACAAUCAGGCGCGAGCAACAGAGGGAACGAUUGGUCUCAUCAGUCGAGGAGGGACCCUCAUCCGAGAACAUUGUACAAGAAGAACCUCACGAGGAUGAAGAGGAGCAUGGUCGGGUUUCCGCAGAUACGUCAGAAACCCAUACGAGGAAACAUGAUGGUCCAGAGCCUGAACCGGCUACCGCCGCCAAAGAAGCCCGCCUACGGCUGAAUUCGCUCAAUAUUCAAGCCAAACGAAAGGCUCAGAAUUCAGACACGGCAAAGAGGGGCCUCGAUGUGGCCACCUAUGAUAAUCCUCGGGGCCCAGCGCCAUGUAAAGAAGACAUGCCGCCACGAAAGAAGCCUCGUCCAAUUGAAGCGACUAGGCCACCCGAAACCGAAGAAACGGAGCCUCCCCAAACCUCAGUUCUACAAAAUUGUGCUCCAAAUAGAUUGGCCCCGACCAAACUUUCCAGGACCACUCCUUCGCUUCAUUCAAUUACGAAGAAAGUCGAGAAACAAGAGGACGAAGUGGUGUGUCUUGAGGCAAGACCGAAAGCUACAAAAUCGACAAAGAAAACACAAUCAACUGUCAAAUCCGGUGAUGAAGCGCCUAACACUCACCAACGCAAACCCACAAAACGCUCGCCGACAGUCCAAGCCCAGGAUUUGCCGAUAGCUGUAGACGAUGAGUCCGAACCCGCUCUCGACAAAACUCAACCACGUACCACGCUACGGAUUAAAUCGAAGAGGAAAAGGGGGUUGAUGAUGUUAGCAGAAAGAAAGACGGCUGCCAAGCCGGUCGAGCGCUCUCCAAGCCCACCACCGCCUAAGGACAAAGAAGGUCUACCAACCGCGGAAGAGAGCUUUGAGCAUUGGCUUGGCGAAGAAUUUCCUUUGGAUGUCAGUGAAAGUAAUCUUGCCACGGAAUAUGGCAGUGAGUGCACUGAAGUCGAGAAAACCCUUGAACAAAAAGAGACGGACGGUGCCCAAAAACCCCCCAGAAUUGACACGGCAGUCAGCUCACAGCUGGAGGGGAAACAAUCUGCGCCGGAGCCUGACCGUACCGAGGAAACCACAAGCAUCCCAGCAGAAGAUGAAAUCGAGCCUACAGAAGCAGAUGACCAAUAUUUGGAAGACGCAGUCGCGCACGCGGAGAAGGAGGAACCAAAACCCCAUUUUGACGCAACAAGCGAUCCUAGGCCGGAAAUAGCCAGCCACGCUGUCCAAGUCGAGCACCAGGAAGUUCAAAAUCCCGCCCACUGUUCUUCGGACGAGAGCGACGCGCCACAACCACGACAGACGAGAAAAGAGAAACAACCACGAGCCAAAGGGGCGCCAAAGGAAUCCCCGCCGAAAGAAAUGCCAAAGGGUAGCCCAGAAUGGAACAAAGACGAUUCAGAAGACAGCGACGAUUGGCAGGGGCCAGCUCCAACAACCAAGCAACAGGUUCGCACCAGGGCGGCUCCAGCGAGAAGUAAGAAGCAGAACCAGGCAAAGUCCACAGGUCCUCAAAUAACGAGAAUGUCACGUAAGAGCAUCAAAAGCAAGGAAAUAAUUGGGUUCAAACUACCAGGUGACAAUAACUCAAUCCCAAACGCAUUUGUCUCUGCCAUUGGCCGUAUCGGUUUGCAGGAAGAUGUUCCUUCAGCCACCUUGCAUCGGUCAUUGUCAUUAGAGGGUGAAUCCCCGCCCGUUGAGCAGCAGGCCAUCAAACGACAUGGACCGCCAAGUCUAGUGCGCCAGCUGAGCGAUCCGCAACCCAAAGGCCGGCUGGUCAAUCCAGCCACCCGAGGGAAGAAGGCGGCAAGCAAAGCGGACGCGGCAGGCCAGAUACUCCAAACACUGGUGCCAUUCGACCCUGUCACUCGUCCCAUAGGCGCCCCUACGUUGGUGAAAGAGAAAAAGAAAGUAGCAGCGCCUAAAGCCGCUCCAUCCCGUGACAGCAAAGGGUCCGCGCAGACACUCGCAGGGUUCAGCAGGGCUAAUGGAGGUGCGUGGAGCAGACAUGCGGAAGACCUGCUUGGAAUGACACGGCCAAACACCACCGGCCCAUCAUGGAUUUAA